GUUGGAGUACGUACGCCUACUCAGCCUCAAGUUAAGGGAUCGACAUUCCAUUAGGUACUUCCUACAUAUCGUGACUCAUUCUAUGUCUACUCAUCCUCUCAUCCCACACCCAUGAACCUGCUCUGAUUUAGAGACAUAUAAACAAACCAUUCCGUCCUACUCGAGAGAACCAAAAUCAUGUCUCCAACUUACACUUUCAACGUCUCGUCUCAAUACAUGCCUCGAAUUAAAGUAUCUUGUUGCUAUCAAUCAUUCACGUGAACUCACUCACCAACACCGUAGAUAAUUAUGAAAUUCUAUCACACCAUUCACCAUGGCGUCUCAGAUAUUUAAUGGCGGGGAGCCUCUCCUUAGGCCCCAAGGCCCCGACGGUCCUCCGGUGAUAGCGAGGCGCAUUGAUUUCUCUCAGUCACCACUUGCAGACCACUAUAGUUCUUACUUUGCUAUGGUCAUUGACAAUCUUCUCACGCCAGACGAAUGUGCCGCCUUGCUCGCAUCAGCAGGUUCCGACUGGGAGACCUUAAACAUAGGCGAUUCCUGGCGCGAGUGUAAGCGAAUUCGGCCCGUCUCUCCAGCAUGGGCAAAUGCUCUGUCCAAGAGGCUUGCUUCGUACCUACCGGAGGAAGUGAAGUCGCUCAGGAAGGGCGAUGUGUUAUCUGAAAGCAUAGCGGGACAAAACUUAAAGGCCAACCAGGGUGCCAAGAAGACAGUGUGGAAACUGAAGGGAGCCAACGAGAGACUUACCUUUCUCCAUUACCAGCCUGGCGAUCACUUCCAGCCGCAUUGCGAUUCCUUAUAUUCGCCUAAGACUGGGGGAAAGAGCUUCUUGACCUGUCAGAUUUACCUGAGCGAUAUGCCUGAAGAGGAUCAAGCUGGCGACGCUUCUGGAGGUGAAACACGAUUUUGGCCGAGCCGUGAAGGCAAGAGAAAGAAAAACAGGUCCAAAGAUCAGGAUGGCGAAACAGAACAGGAAGAAAAGGAAGACUGUUUUCUUGACGUCAAGCCCAAGAUGGGAAGGGCGUUGGUCUUCCAACAGCGGAUGUUAUGGCAUUCUGGACAAGAGGUUAAGCGCGGCGAGAAGUUCACCGUUCGGUUGGACUUAAUGUACGAGCACCACUUCGAAAAACCGACCGAUGUGUCCUCCGGGGUUUAACUCCGUCUCCAAACUCCCAGCCUUUCACUAGUUUAAAGAAAAAUAGCUCCCUACGCCAAAUUGGACUCCUGACAUUGACGUAGACAUAAAUCUGUUUUGAACACUGUAAAAUCGAGAUUGGUUUCAAUGAACACAUAGAAAGGGGCGAUUUGAUAACCCUUUAUAAACUUAAUGUAGGUAUCUAGAGGUAGGUAACCGAAUCAAUUAUAUCAGCAAUCAUAGCUGAUACUUUAAUCGCC